ACACACAUUUCCUUUAAAGUGUGUUGCAUCAGAGCCGCGCGUCAUUGCUGAGAACUCUCUCUUCCUGAACACGGAUUUCCUCCAGUUCUCAAACUCCAAAACUGGCAAGUCCGCUUCCUGAAAGCUCACAGAGUGUCUUCCCGGGCCCGGAGUAAGUGCAAGAUGUGGAGAGGUUUGUUGAGAGCCAGGAGCCUGAUCCCAGCCGCAGUCACUGGGAAAUCUCCCACUAAUGUCUCCUGGCUAAAACCAAGGCGAUCUCUUUGUAGUAAAGUGAACCAGGACAACGUUGUUAAAGCCACAGACUCUACUGUACGAGCUGACGCACCUGAAUUGGCUUGUUCUGCAUACAAACUUCAAGGCCGAAUACCUUCACCAUUAGACAAAAGGCUUCUCUUAUGGUCCGGACGCUUCAAGACAGAGCAGGAUAUACCAGAAAUGGUUUCGAUUGAAAUGCUCUAUGCAGCCAGGAACAAAAUAAGGGUGAAGAUCUGCUACCUAAUGAUCGGUUUGACAGUUGUGGCUUGCCUUGUGAUGGUGGUCUCAGGAAAGAAGGCUUUCAAACAGCACGAUAACCUCACCAAAUGGAACCUAGAGAAAAAAGCCAAAUUGAAGGAGCAAUUUGAACAAGAGCACGGGCUGGUCGCAGGAAAGGCACAGUAACAGGGAUAAGACUAACUGUGUCAGUUAUUCCGUCCCUAUCAGUGGGGCAGAAUGGUUGAAGUUGAGCAAGCAGCCUUAUCAAUGACAGGUUCUGAAACACGUCAGCUCAUAGUUGGGACAACCAGGACUGGUAUAUUAGUACUCAACAAUUUCUUCAGUGCUUGUCCUGCAACAUGAACAGAUUCACCUUAAUUUCCAUGUUCAACGCUUUAGCACUUCAAAAUUAUUUUUCUGAAAUAAGGGAUUAGGAUUUUCCCAUUAAUGUUUUGAUUGUCACAUUAGACCAGAUUAUUAUUGAGCAUAAACAUUUGAGGUCAUCAGUGAAGUUCUUGUUCACUGUUUAAAGCAGAGCUGUUAACUCAUUCCACAGAAUAAUAUUGGCACUGAUAGCAGACUAGAGAAUUUGGAACAUAUUUUCAGGGUUUGUGUGUCCUUGGCAUGGACAUUCAGACCACACCCAUGUUAAAUUAUUAGCCUCAUUAUGUUGGCAUUUGUGCAGCUAGUGGGCAGGAUUUUCCGACCCACCCCCCCACCACUGCCGGGAUCAUCCGGACCAGCCGAAAGUCAAUGGACUUUUGGCUGGGCUGCGGCAUCCCCUGUGGCAGGGCCGGAAAAUCCUGGCCAAUGACCUCUAGUGCUCUAUUUCAGCACAUCCAACACUGUCCUCCCACACAGGGAAGUCAUUCUUUAAUUGCGAGAGUUGGCCUUUAAGGCUUUAUGUAUAUCAUGCUUUAAGUAGUACUGUUAAAUCAAUUUAAUAUUUGUAGCAGAUUCUAGUUUGAUAGUUCUUGUGAAUAUCUGAAUAAAGUGUUAUCUGUA